AACGAAAGUGGAAGCAAAACCUACCAGCAGGAGGCUGAAGAGAAACAGUUUAGUUUUCAGGACCCUCCGUUUUGAACCCUGCUCUGAAGCCUCAGCUUUUGCCAAGCCAUGUCUGCGACUCUCCAAGCUGUCCUCUACAGUCUUCAGGAGGAGCAAUGCAGGCUCAGGGCGAGGCUGCAGGAGCUGCAACAGCUGAAAAGGGAACGCACAUGCUGUUCCAGAGACAAGAUCCCAUUCCCAGUACCCGAAGUCCCCCUGGUAUUCCAAGGCGUCACUCAGGGGCGUAAGCAAGUGCCUAAGUCCAUAGUUUCUAACUUGAAGGUCUGCUGCCCUCUGCCUGGAGGGUCUGCUCUGGUCACCUUUGAUGACCCCAAAGUGGUUGAACGGCUGCUGCAACAAGAGGAACAUAGAAUUGACAUAGAGGACUGCCGGCUGCGGGUGCAAGUCCAGCCCUUGGAGCUGCCUUUGGUAACCAACAUCCAGGUGUCCAGCCAGCCAGAUAACCACAGGGUGUUAGUCAGUGGCUUUCCUGAUGGACUAAAGCUGAGCGAGGAGGAGCUGCUGGACAAGCUGGAGAUCUUCUUUGGCAAGGUCAGGAAUGGAGGUGGGGAUGUGGAGACCCGGGAGAUGCUGCAAGGGACCGUCAUGCUGGGUUUUGUUGACGAAGAAGUGGCCCAGCGCUUAUGCCGGAUCGGCCAGUUCACAGUACCUCUGGGCCAGCAGCAGGUCCCUCUGAGAGUCUCUCCCUAUGUGAGUGGGGAGAUCCAGAAAGCUGAGGUCAGAUUCCAGCAGGCAUCUCACUCAGUGCUGGUGACAAAUAUUCCCGACGUCCUGGAUGCUCAGGAGCUGCACGACAUCCUGGAGAUCCACUUCCAGAAGCCCACUCGUGGGGGUGGGGAGGUGGAGGCCCUGGAAGUUGUGCCCCCAGGGGAGCAGGUCCUGGUUGUCUUCACUUCCGAGUCAGGCUAGGUCUGCAUGUCCGCAUGCUGGGGGCUGGGAUCACAUAACUGCCUAAUGCCGUAUGUGAUCUAAUCACUGUUCCAAUAACCCACAACAGUGAAAAGUGCCAACCAGCUGUGAUGUUCUUAUUUCAAGACGGGGACUAUAGACAUGUGAGAGAGGGCAGAAUCCAGACCUUGACAUUGGCCUUCCACUGGCUUGGUUUCUCGUGUAGCCGAGGCAUUCCCUCUGUAGACUACCAGGCUGACCUCCGACUCGAGAUCCCCGUCUCUGCCUCCAACUGCCAAUAUUAAAGAUUAUGUGUGCCACCACCA